GCUACCAGAUUAAUUAAAGUGGUCAAAGACAAUCAAUGCACUAUUAUUACAGGUAUACCUGGAUCUGGCAAAUCAGCACUUGCUUAUCAUGUAGCGAUACACAUGCAAGAAACGGAAGGCUACACAGUUCUACCCAUUUGGUUACCAUCAGAAUUGAUAAAAUUGACGAAACUAAUGCUAAACAACUUUUUGUUUUUGAUGAUGUAUUCGGUAAAUAUUCUUUGGAUGAAUUCAACCUUAACUGCUGGGAAUCUGAAACAAGACGAAUUAAGAUGUUAUUGAAAAAUAAAGUCAUGAAAGUAAUGGUGACAUGCAGAUCCUAUUUAUAUGACAAUGUUAGCGAAAGCUUAUCUUCUUUAUCAUUUGCGCAUUUUAACUUGCUAUCAGACGAAAUAAAUAAAGUUAUCUUUAGUCGAAAGGAAAGAAAUCAGCAAGUUGUAUCUUACUGAUGAUAUUGUGAGUCAUCUGAAUGAUGAAACUAUCAUGAUGUACAACUUUUUCCCUUUAUUGUGUGUUAUGUUUAAAGGAAAGAAGAUGGGGGAUAUUGAUUUCUUUCAAAACCUUAAUCAGUUUUUAAAGAUCGAAAUUGGAAACUUUAAAAGGAAAAAGGACGCAACGUUCAUGGCUCUUGCACUCUUGGUUUUAUCUAACAACUCGAUCGAAAACGAAUGUCUUCAGAUUGGAAAAGAUAAAUACGAUAUCAUGUUAAAAGAUUUAUUUGAUGAAAUUGAUAACAGGAACUCUCCAUCUAAAACUUCAAUAUUGUCGAAUCUUCGAAAUCUCAAAAACAUGUAUCUAACAGAAACAGAGUCUACAUUUUGUACAAAACACGAUAAAAUUUUUGAUAUUAUUUCUCACACUGUAGGAAACUUUAUAAUUGGCUGUAUUUUAAGGCAUGGAGAAUCGUCGUUCAUUAGAAGUAGGUGUCAAUUAACCUCUCUCAAUGAACAACAUGAUGUCUGUACCAUAAUGAUUACAGAUGAAUUCGAAACCAUGUAUUUCAAACGUAUAUUGGAAGAUACUGAAAACGGACAUAACUGGGAUGUUUUUGCUAGCAUUCAAAUGAAAUUUGAAAAAUAUAGAAAUUUGUUAAUUCAAUACUUAGAGAAGUCCCGUAAGAAAUUGCCCUCGUCAAAUACUGAUUACACAACUCCAUUACAUGUCACUGCAGCCAAAGGUUAUUAUGACAUUUCAAAAUAUUUACUCGAAAAAAAAAGAAAACAUAUAAGUUCAUUGGAUGAUAAAAAUAGGUCUCCUUUACACAAUGCCUCCUUGAAUGGUCAUCAUGAAAUUGCCCACCUACUUCUCAGUAAUGGUGCUAAAAUUAAUCAGAGUGACAAUGAAAAAUGUACUCCUCUGCUCGAAAGUUGUAAUAACGGAUAUGUAAAAGUAGUUGAAAUAUUGUUAAAAAGGCAAGCAAAUGUAAAUACAUAUGAUAAAUAUGGUUGGUCUCCACUACACUUAGCAGCGUCUGAUGGAAACACAGAGCUUAUUUUACUUUUGAUGGAACAUGAGGCAGAUGUAAACUUUCAACUAAAUAAUGGAAUGACUCCUAUUUAUAUAGCUUCUCAGCAUGAUCAUUUAGAAGCAGUAAAAAUGCUGUUAAGUAAUAAAGCUGACAUAAACAAACCCGAAGAAACUGGAUGGAGUCCAUUACAUGUUGCUUCUUAUGUCAACCAUAAUGAAAUAGCUAAGUUAUUACUCGAAAAUGGUGCAGAAGUAAACAGUGCUGAUGAAGAUGGUCGAACUUCACUAUACAAUGCUGCUAAACACGGUAAUAUAGAUCUCAUUCAAAUUUUGAUGGAACAUGGUGCAGAUUUAAAUUUUCAAAUGAAUAAUGGAAUGACACCGAUUUAUAUAGCUUGUGGGAAUAAUCAUUUAAAAGCAGUUAAAAUGCUGUUAAGUAAUAAAGCUGACAUAAACAAAUGUGCGAAAACCGGAUGGAGUCCAUUACAUGCAGCUUCUUAUAAUAACCAUAAGGAAGUAGUGGCAUAUCUAUGUGAAAACAGUGCUGCAGUAGUAAACCUUUCAAAUAAAGAAGGUGAAUCGCCAUUACAUCUUGCUUGUGAAGAAGGUCAUGAAGACAUAAUAACAUUAUUAUUAAAACAUGGUGUUUCUAUUGAUCAUAGCAAUGCAAAUGGAACUACCCCGUUUCAUUUAGCUUGUUCAGAUGGUAAUACAAAUAUUGCAGAACUAUUAAUUAAAGCGGGUGCAGUAGUUACUAAGGUUAACGAGACUGGAAACUCGCAAUUACUUUUAGCUUGUAACGAUAGGGAUAAUAAAAUAGCUAAGUUAUUAAUCGAAAAUGGUGCAGAAGUUAACCGUCCAAAUGAACAUGGUCGAACCGCACUAUACAGUGCCGCUGAAAACGAAAUACAGAUCUAAUUAAAAUGUUGGUGGGAC